AAUUGCUUGGCUAGCAAAGUCAGCUUCCUUCCACACCCCAACUAACUCUUUCAAUGGACAAGCUUGGCAUUAAUUCUCCCAUUCCUACAAACCUUGCCGGAGAAUGCAAAAAGGCGGCAAAGAUCUUGCAAAAGUUCAUAGACCCAGGACAAGGGCUUGACAAAGUGAUUCCACCCAGUAUUCUUGAUAAAGCACAAGGUCUCGCAAUUUAUACCGUUUUAAAAGCCGGAUUCUUGUUUUCGGGAAGAGCUGGAGGUGGUUUGGUUGUAGCAAGAUUACCUGAUGGAAGCUGGUCUGCUCCUUCUUGCAUUGCCACCGCAGGUGCUGGUGCUGGUGGUCAAAUUGGUGCCGAGCUGACUGAUUUCGUGAUUGUUUUGAACAGCAAGGAAGCUGUCAAAACGUUUAGUCAUGCCGGAAAUCUCACACUUGGAGGAAACAUGUCAGUCGCCGCUGGUCCUAUUGGUCGAAACGCUGAAGCUGGCGGCUCUGCUUCGUUCAAACACAUUGCGCCCAUUUAUUCGUACUCCAAGACUAAGGGUCUCUUCGCCGGUGUUUCACUUGAAGGAUCUGUCAUUAUCACUAGACAAGAUGCUAACUCCAAGUUCUAUGGUGGCAAGGUGACAACCAAGGAAUUGCUCAAUGGCACAAUUCCUCCACCCCCCGAGGCUGAUGUUCUUUACCGUGCUUUGAACGCUCGCUUCAAUUCACUUGGUUCCACUGGUGCAUCUUAUGCGUCUCGUACGUACAGCGAUGCUAGUACUGGAAGUGGUGGUAGCAGUGAAUACCGCAGCGGCAAUCCUUCUAUAGCGGCACCAGGUCAGCUCAACAAGCCUUACACGCCGAAUAGCCCUCAAUCGGGAUCUAAAUAUGGAGGAGGAGGUGGUGGUGGCUACGGCAAUUCCGGAUACAACAAUCCUCCUCCCCCAGCGUACGGUAAUUCUCAGGGUGCGCAUCGCGCUCCUCCUCCGCCACCACCUGCUCGUGGUCCCAAGGUCACGACAGCCAUGGCUUUGUAUGACUUCAAUGGAGAGCAAGGAGAUGACUUGAGCUUUAGACAAGGAGACGUAAUCACCAUUGUAGAGAAGAGCGAUAGUCAAAACGAUUGGUGGACGGGAAAGAUUGGAGGAAGACAAGGCAUUUUCCCGGCGAACUAUGUGCAACUUCAGUAAACAUAGUUACCUUUUCACGAAUAUACUAGCAUAUUUAUAUUAUUACUUGAGCAUGAUAUGGGUGUUUGUAGAUAGGCGAUUAUCAUCUUUUUCUCACUAAAUUUCUAUAUUUUUUCUCUGCUAAGGCUCUAAGA